AUGAGACACCAAAGUUGUUGUGUCGUAAAUUGUAAAAAUACCAGCAGAAAAAGUGAGUGCAAGUUUUAUAAAUUUCCGACUGCUCAAUGGAAAAAAAAUCAACGGAAUCAGUGGAUAGCUGCAGUUAAAAGGCUGAACGCUGAUGGAUCACAGUGGGUUCCCAAGCCAUGUGAUUGUAUUUGUAGUGAUCAUUUUAUUGGAGGUAAGAAAUCAGAAGAGGAGCUAAGUCCUAGCUACAUUCCAACUAUAUUUCCUUCAAUUUACAAGUGCUCAAAAGUAAAUGAAUCCUCUGCGUUAAACAGAUAUAAGCGCGUAAUGAAUCGGCGAAUGAAAGCACAAUUACCUUCAACAUCAAAUGCUGAGGCCAAUGUUAUAGAAUCGGUAGAAGUGAUGACUGAAAAUCCUCCAGUAGUGUCUUCAAAAGUAGACCAAGGGUGUCAAAUUGAUUUUUACUCGAGCUCUGAUAUCAAUUCUCAAACAUUUACUUGCAAUCGUUAUGUCAAAGACGAUUUAUGGCAUGCUGAAACUCGGACAGAAAUUGUUGAAGAUACUAGGUCGAUAAAAAUUCAUAUUGGUAAUAAAAAAUUUGUAGAUAAAGAAUGUGGUACUCCUAAAAAAACCUUUGUUGAUAAAGAAAGUCAAGCAAACAGUAAACAUUUUAAUGGAUUCACAUCGGUGACAAAGGAUCAAGAAAUCAUUGAUCUGGCAGGGGUAUCAUUCGAAAAUUUUGAUUUCUUGUUGACAAGAAUGUCUACGCGAAAAAAGUACACUGUUUCGAAAAAAGAUCGACUAUUAAUUUUUUUAAUGAAAAUGAAAACUGGAUUGACAUUUUCAGCACUUGGUGUACUGUUUAGUGUUCACAGAACAACAAUUUCUACAAUUUUUUAUGAAACUUUGCAACUACUAGCUAGUGCAACCAGAAAUUUAGUAUUUUGGCCAGAUAUUGACGCUGUACAAGAAACUAUGCCUGACUGCUUUCUACCUGAUUACAGUAACACCAGAAAUUUCGAAUUGAUAUCCCUAAAAGUGUCGACAAUCGUGUUUUUAUAUACUCCCAAUACAAAAAAAAACUUCACGGCUAAAGUUCUUAUUGGAAUAACUCCUGGAGGUUUUAUUUCCUUAAGAUCUGACAUAGCUGAAGGACGGAAAUCGGAUUCUCAACUUAAAAUAGAGUCUGGGCUGUUAGAUCUAUUAGAAGAUGAAACUCAACAAACAUACAGUGUAGCAAGAGUUAGGAUUCACGUUGAAAGAAUCAUGAAACGAUUACGGACUUAUCAAAUAUUGCAUAAAAUUCCUCAGCACUUGUUUCAUUGCAUAGACGAUAUUGUGCACAUUUGUUGUGUUUUGGUAAAUUUACAGCCUCCAAUUAUUUCUAAUAAAGAAGAUACUGAAAAUGAGAGAUAA